ACCACGCCCCUUUCUACGCGAAUGCAUGGCGGGAGAAACUAAUGUAGGAAGUAGGAUAGUUUUCGUGUUUUAGCAAGUUUUCAUCAGGAUAAAUCAAUUGGUUGUGAAAAGUUACUGUACUUCUGACUACAGAUAAAAUUGACAUGGAUCAAAAUGCUUUCACCGAAGUAAAAGGUUGGACAAAAACGAAGGAGGCUAUUGCAGAUUUUCGUAAACUUUUGCUCUGUUCAAGAUGUUUGAAACUCAUGAACGAACCAGUGUGCCUCGGAAUUUGCGAACACAUGCUAUGCCGGUCUUGUGCUGGUCCUCAAGCUGGAGCUGGCUGUGUGGUUUGUCACAGCCCUGCCUGGGUGAAGGAUAUCCAGAUCAACAGGCAGCUUAGCAACAUCACAGACCUCUUCCGCAGUUUGGACUCCCUGCUCAACCCCACAGAGAACUCAGAUCCCUCUCCUGUUGAGCUUCAAACGCAGUCUUCAAAUUCUGUCUUGAAGCAAAAGAAAAACUACAAGAUAUGGUUCAGUCCUCGCAGCCGUAAGGUCCGUUGCCGCAUGGAGAACCGCACUGACGCUGAUCUCUGUGCAUCAGGCACUGGCACGCCCGAGAAACCUACCUCGACAUCGUCCGAGAUGACCACAACCGAGUCUAAAGACCUGUCCAUCUACAACUUCAAUUCCUCCUCCCAAGACUCCGACCCUUCCUCUCCCAAAAGAGGCAAAGGGGUUGUUAGCAGAAAAAGGAAAUCGCAAAAUGCAUUCAGAACACCUGCUGCAGGUGGGAACAAGCCAACCACUCGCAAGCAGACCAAGCAGGCUUUCAAAAGGAACAGGCUGGAGGCCAUUAACCAGCAGUGGGGGAUUGGGAGUGGGGGAGAGACCCAAGGGGAGAAGGUCAGUUCAGGAGAGGGAGACCACAUGUCCAACAAGAGGGUCUCCUUCCUAAGCCCUGCUAUCUUAUCAGAUGAGGUGCAGCCGGAACCCCCUCAAGGAGAAUCCAUAGUCCUCAGCCCCAGUAGAAGCAUCCUGAAGGGGGCUCAGACAGAAAACGGUGUCCACACAUCUGAUGACCAAGACCAGUCCAGUCAGAGUCCACUUACCAGCCCAUUUUCACUGGUUAACCUGUCCAAAAGUCCCAAAUCAAGCCAGAGAACAGUGGAAAAGGACCUUCCCCGCUCUCCUAAGAUCACCCCCAAGAGGGCCAGAGUGGCAGAACGAGGCAGAGCUUCGCAGAGCACCCCAAAGCGCCCCAGGGCUUCGACCAGCCAGGGUCGACGUCCAGAAGGCCAGAGGACACCAGUCCAGCCGUCUCCACGCUCCCCAACCAGCCCCAACCAGGGAAGGAUGACUAGAAAUGCCAGAGGAGCCCUGAGAGGGAGCCCAGGUUCCCCGGCCUCCGUGGGGAAGCGCUCCCCAGGUACCCCAGGUGGGUCUGGGGGAAAGUCUCCCCAGAGCAGCCCUGCUAUCAUGAAGAGGAACUUCAAGGGAGAGACGCCUCUGCAUCUGGCUGCUAUAAAGGGGGAGGUGGAGGCUGUGAAGGAGCUGUUGGAGCAGGGAGCCGACCCUAACUUGAAAGACAACGCAGGCUGGACACCACUGCACGAGGCGUGUAACCUGGGCCACCAGCCCGUGGUGGAGGUGCUGCUGAGGGAAGGCGCUCUGCUCAACACCCCGGGCUACGAGAAUGACUCGCCCCUGCACGACGCAGCCAGGAACGGCCACACGGGCAUCGCCUGGCUGCUGCUGGAACACGGAGCAUCUCAGAGUGUGCUGAAUAUGUUUGGACUGCGACCUGUGGAUUGCGCUGGGAGCCCAGAGAUGCAGGCUGUGUUUGAAGCAGCUUCUAAAGAACCCCGCCCGCCUCUCGCCCCACUCAGUCCUCUGCCCAGUCUCUGCAAGGUGUCUGAUGGCGUGAGCAGGGAUGAGCGUGUUGUGGUUCUGGCCAGCAAGCUGUCCAAGUCGCAGCACAUUCGCCUGACCAAACUGAGCCAGAGCCUGGGAGGGGCCGAGGUCGACUCGUUCUCCAGCUCAGUGACCCACGUGGUCGUGCCAGACGGGCCGAUGCCCACCACCCUGACGACCCUGCUGGGCAUCCUUAGUGGCUGCUGGGUCCUCGGGUUCAGCUGGGUGGAGAAGAGCCUGCAGGCUGGCAGCUGGGCUGAGGAGAGCGAACACGAGGCAGAAGGGCCUCAGCGCAGCCGCAUGAACAGGCGGAGCCUGCUGCCCCCGCUGUUCGACGGCUGUUUCUUCUUCUUCCUGGGCUCCUUUAAGACCCCCCCCAGGCAGGUGCUGCUGCAGCUGGUCAGAGAGGGAGGGGGCCAGGUGCUGAGCAGGCAUCCCAAGCCCCACAGUGAUGUCACACAGACCCUGAACGCUGCAGCCUACCAUGCCCUGCCAGGGUCGGACCAGGCCCUCUGCACCCAGUACAUCAUCUACGACCCCCAGGGGUCCUACAAGCCGCCCAGAGUGCGCCUGGGGAAGGUGUGGUCCGCCCCCUCCUCCUGGAUCAUCAACUGUGUCUCAGCUUUCCAGCUGCUCCCUGUCUCCUGAGGUGUGGACCUGCUGCCUGGGUCUUGGACCUGCUACCUGGGGCUUGGACCUGCUACCUGGGGCUUGGACCUGCUACCUGGGGCUUGGACCUGCUACCUGGGGCUUAGACCUGCUACCUGGGCCUUGGACCUGCUACCUGGGGCUUAGACCUGCUACCUGGGGCUUGGACCUGCUACCUGGGGCUUGGACCUGCUACCUGGGGCUUGGACCUGCUACCUGGGCCUUGGACCUGCUACCUGGGGCUUAGACCUGCUACCUGGGGCUUGGACCUGCUACCUGGGGCUUGGACCUGCUACCUGGGGCU